GAGGAGCUGGGUGCAGGUCCCUCAUGGCACUGCGGUGGGGAGUCUGAAGGAAGGGGAAGAAUGGACAGAAAGCCCAAUGAGCCCCCCAAAAGGUUUUUAUUUUCUGCUUUUGUCACUGUCAGAGGAUCAGGGAGAAAACGGAAGGGCACGAGGAAGAUAACGGACAUCUUCCCCCUACUAUGGCUUUCUACACCCACAGCUCCCUGCCGGGGCAGGCCCGGCAGCGCGGCGCAGGCGCGGCCGGCUGAGGAAGUGACGGCAGAGCGGCGGCAGUGGGCGGCUGGCGGUGGCGGAGCGGCGGCAGCGGGGGAGAGGAUGCCAACAGAAAACAACCACCUAGCAGACAAUAUUCAAGAACAAGACACUGGUACUACUGUAAGCAAUAAUCGCCUCCAUAAUGCUGAAGAAUCAGGAACUGAACAAGAAAAUGGCAUGUGCAACAGUGACCUGGGUAAUAGUUCUGGAAUUCACAACUCUCCCAGCCAGCCAUCCACUUCUAUGGCGGUUCCUUUGGAGGUGCCCAGAAGAGGACAACCCCUGUUACAUAUCAACAGGCAGCAGAUUCAGUCCGUUUCUUAUAGCGCACAGGCUGCUGAACUCAAAGGUUUAGGAGUUGAUGUCUAUGACCAGGAUGUAUUGGAGCAAGGAGUUCUUCAGCAAGUAGAUAAUGCAAUUAAUGAAGCUAACAAAGCAACAAAAAUAGCUGAUGCUGAGAAGGAGUAUCAGUCGGUGCUGGAUGAUUUAAGAUCAUGCACAUCAUCUCUGAAACAAAUAAAUAAAAUUAUUGAGCAACUUUCACCUCAAGCUGCCAACAACAAAGAUAUAAACAGAAAACUAGAUUCUGUGAAACGGCAAAAAUAUAACAAGGAGCAGCAGCUAAAGAAGAUCAACGCAAAACAAAAACGUCUCCAAGCAAUUCUUGGUGGAACAGAGAUUCUUGAUAAAAUAAAUGAGAUUGAAUUUGAGGAUGAUGAAGAACCUGGCCCAUCGUCUCUUGGCAGUAUGCUUAUGCCCGUACAGGAAACAGAGUGGGAGGAACUUAUUCGUACUGGCCAGAUGACCCCUUUUGGAACUAAAAUACCUCAGAAGCCAGAGAGGAAGGCACGACGAUUAAUGCUAAAUGAAGCAUCUGAUUUCGAGAAGUAUUUAGCAGACCAAGCUAAGUUGUCAUCUGAGAGAAAGAAGUUAUCCCUUCACAAAGGAGCAAAGAAGAAAGUUCAAGCCAAAAAUGUUCAGUGCAUAGCUCCCACGUCUACUACAAAGGAAAAAAAGGGUAAAUCCCUGUCAAAAACAGAUAAGCGGUUAAAAAAACACUUGAAGAAACUUCAGAAGCAUGCCCUUCAGAUUCAGUCAAAAGCAGGGAUUCCAAAAGAAAAGAAAUAUCCUGAGGCCAAGAAGUUGAAGCGUGAACAGGAGGACGAUAGUGGAGAGUCUGAGUAUGUACCUGAUGAGGAGCUCUUUGAUCCAGAAGAAGUCGAAGAGGAGGAAGAAUGGGUACCUUCUCACGCUAAUAACGAUUCUGAUUAUGAACUCAAGAAUUUGUCAAGAAAGGGAAAAUAUUUGGUGAAGAGAGAUUCUAAAGAAGCUGAAGAGGAUGCUGACUACUUUCCAAGCUCUGAGGAGGAAGAGCCUACAAUAGGGAAGCGCAAAGUAAAGAGAUGGAGAGAUGAUGGAGAUGAAGACUAUUAUAAACAGAGACUAAGGAGGUGGCAAAAAGAACGCCUGAAGGACAAAGAACAUCAGGUCUCUGAGGAAGUUUCUGAUGAAAGUGACACUGAAUUUGAAGAGGGUUUCAAAGUUCCAGGAUUUCUCUUCAAAAAGCUUUUUAAGUACCAGCAGACAGGUGUUAGGUGGCUCUGGGAAUUGCACUGCCAGCAGGCAGGAGGAAUUCUGGGAGAUGAGAUGGGAUUGGGCAAGACCAUCCAGAUAAUUGCCUUCUUGGCAGGUCUGAGCUACAGCAAGAUCAGGACUCGUGGUUCAAAUUACAGGUACCAGGGAUUGGGUCCAACAGUCAUUGUUUGUCCAGCUACUGUGAUGCAUCAGUGGGUAAAAGAAUUCCACACUUGGUGGCCUCCAUUUAGGGUUGCCAUUCUCCAUGAAACUGGUUCUUACACCAACAAAAAGGUGAAACUAAUUCGUGAAAUUGCUUCAUGCCAUGGAAUUUUAAUUACCUCUUAUUCAUACAUUCGACUGAUGCAGGAUAACAUCCACAGCUAUGACUGGCAUUAUGUGAUUUUGGAUGAGGGUCACAAAAUCCGAAAUCCAAAUGCUGCAGUAACACUUGCGUGCAAGCAGUUCCGCACACCCCAUCGGAUCAUCUUGUCUGGUUCUCCUAUGCAAAAUAACCUAAAGGAGCUCUGGUCCCUCUUUGACUUUGUAUUCCCAGGGAAACUGGGAACGCUACCUGUGUUCAUGGAGCAAUUUUCUGUUCCAAUAACCAUGGGAGGAUACUCCAAUGCCUCUCCUGUGCAAGUAAAAACUGCAUACAAAUGUGCAUGUGUGUUACGGGACACCAUAAACCCAUACUUGCUGAGAAGAAUGAAGGCUGAUGUUAAAAUGAGCCUUUCGCUUCCAGAUAAAAAUGAACAGGUCCUCUUUUGUCGUUUGACAGAUGAGCAGCGUCAAGUCUAUCAAAAUUUCAUUGACUCUAAAGAAGUCUACCAGAUUCUCAAUGGAGACAUGCAGGUUUUCUCAGGAUUAGUAGCUUUGCGGAAGAUUUGCAACCACCCUGACCUCUUCUCUGGUGGUCCCAGGAUUUUGAAGGGUGUACCAGAUGCUGAAGUAGAGGAAGCAGAUCAGUUUGGAUUUUGGAAACGCUCUGGAAAAAUGAUAGUGGUAGAGUCUUUGCUGAAAAUAUGGCACAAGCAAGGUCAUAGAGUGUUGUUUUUCACUCAGUCAAGACAAAUGUUGCAGAUCCUUGAAGCCUUUGUGAGAGGCAGAAGCUAUUCCUACCUCAGGAUGGAUGGCACCACAACAAUAGCUUCCAGACAGCCCCUUAUAACAAGAUAUAAUGAGGACAAAUCCAUAUUUAUUUUUCUUCUGACAACUCGUGUUGGUGGUAUUGGAGUUAACUUAACUGGUGCUGACCGGGUUAUUAUUUAUGAUCCUGACUGGAAUCCCAGUACAGACACACAGGCUCGGGAACGUGCUUGGAGAAUAGGCCAAAAGAAACAAGUGACCGUGUACAGGCUUCUCACUGCAGGUACUAUUGAAGAGAAGAUAUACCACAGACAAAUCUUCAAACAGUUUUUAACAAACAGAGUGCUGAAAGACCCUAAGCAGAGGCGCUUUUUCAAAUCCAAUGAUCUUUAUGCUUUUACUCUGAGCAGCCCAGAUGUGUCUCAGGGGACAGAAACAAGUGCAAUUUUUGCAGGUACUGGUUCAGAUGUUCAAGUCCCAAAAUACCAAUUGAAACGGAAACAUGAAAAGCCAUCUGAUGGUGACACUUUGAAAGGUGGUCUCCAUCUUGGAAGAAGCAGUUCACCAAAGUACAGCAAGUCAUCCAAUUCCUACUCAACCAGCCACAUGACAAAUUCUUCUAAAGCAAUAGAAACAAGUGAGGAAACCAAAGGAAACUUGGAAACCUUUAAUCAAAAUAGCUUUGCAAAAGAUAAUGCACAGGCUGCUACUAAUAUAAAUUCAUCAGAUAAAAACAAGGAGGAAAGCUUGGAAACAGAUGACAAAUGUAUGUCUCAGUCAUUGCCAGGUGAUGCAGGGUCUUCAGAGAAUGCCAGCUCUCUAAACAGCAUGGUGACUGAUGAAGUACAUGGAACAGCUAAUGUAAAUAUCGAGGGAGAUCUUACCCUUGCAUGUAGUGCAGCUGGCUCUUGGGAAAAGCAGGUUGCUAAAACUGAAGAUGGGCAAUUGGAUAAUAAUCAUUAUAAAUGUACCUCAAAAACAAAGCAUAGGGUGGAUGUGCUGUCAUGUGAGAGCCACAAAGAUAAGUCUAAGAAGAAACAUCACAAAGAUGCCAAGUUUGAAGGGGAGCGUAUUCCUCAUCUAGUGAAACAAAAGCGCUACAGAAAGGAUGACAGUGAAGAGAAGGAGGAAGAUCCAAAGAAAAAUGAUGAUUAUGUCUUGGAGAAACUCUUCAAAAAAUCAGGAGUGCACAGUGUUAUGAAGCAUGAUGCCAUUAUGGAAGCUUCCAGUGCAGAUUAUGUGCUGGUAGAAGCAGAAGCAAACAGAGUGGCCCAGGAUGCCCUGAGAGCCUUAAAAGUCUCUCGACAGCGAUGUUUAGGAGCUGCUUCUGGUGUGCCAACCUGGACAGGCACAAGUGGUCUUUCAGGUGCACCAGCAGGAACAAAGAGUCGGUUUGGUCAAAAAAGAAACCCUAUGCUGCUUUCUUCGCAUUCUACUUGUGCGUCACCUGGUAGGAAGAAUAAGGAUGCGGAUACAAUAAAGAAAGAAAAUGUAAAGAGUAGUAGUUCCAGUGCACACUUUGAUGGAAAAUCAGAAACGGGAGAAUCGUCAUCCAGUGCACUGGAGUCUUCAUCCUUAUUAGCUAAGAUGAGGGCAAGAAACCACCUUAUUUUACCACAAAGGACAGAGAGUGAGGGAGAUGAGAAUCUUCAUCAAGCACCCGCUCCAGCCACAGGUUCAACAGAGUACGAUGAAUUGCUGGUGGAUGUGCGGAACUUCAUAGCAUUCCAGGCCCGUGUGGACGGUGAGGCUAGUACUCAGGAAAUACUGCAGGAAUUUGACUCCAAACUGCCUGCGGCACAGUCUUGCGUCUUUAGAGAACUUCUUCGCAACCUCUGCACCUUCCAUAGGAGCCCUAACGGUGAGGGUGUCUGGAGACUGAAGCCAGAAUUCCGCUGACCUCUGUCGAGAGAAGGCACCUAUCUGCACUUGGCCAAUACUCUGCUUUCAGAGACUUGGUGUUUGUCUCUUGAAAUGAGAAAUUAUUUCAUGUUUGUGAUUUAAUAAUUGACUUGAGCAGACAGUGAAGCAGCAUUCGUUGCAGGCUUAGAUCUGACUUCAUUUCUGAUUUAAGCUAUUUAUAUGAAAGUGCCAUCUACCUCAUAGGUGAAACAAUACAAAAUAUCAGCACCUUUUCUUUAAAAGAAAUCUUAAUAUAAACGGGAUGAAGAACACCUACUGACAUUUUACUGCAAUAAAAACCAUGGAUGUUGCCGUGGGCUAUAAGACUUUUAUUUGAUUUCUGUGAAAUACCAAGAACUACUUUCUCAAUUUUCUAUAUGUUACUUGAGUAGUCAUUAGGCACAUAGUGUACC